AUGCCUCAAAUUUCUAACACACCAGAAUCUUUGCUUCCUCGCUCAGAUUCCAGGAAUCCAGCAACCACAUGUAGAGGUAUUACGGCCCAAGGCCGACCUUGCCGCCGGGCCUUGGCGUCUUCGCCAUCUCCAUCUCCAGCAUCUUCUCCACGAAAGAGAGGUGCUCAACAUGAUGUUCCAGACUUGGUCUCUCUGUACUGCUGGCAGCAUCAGGACCAAGCUGCAUCAUCGUCAUCCACGAUAGUGAAUGAUAACAUUGCACCGGCCAAGCCGAGGACCAGCAUUGACACGCUGAUGGAUCGACUCGGCGUGCUAGAACUCAAAGAUGAGAAAAACCAGAAGCGGCGAACCCAGAGCGGGUUUGGUGAAAAGCGCCGGCCUCGCCCGAAGAAGACUUUUUGCUGCUUCGAUAUUGUGGACGAGAGUGGCGAAGAUUAUCGCCCGGCUAAACCGGUACAAAAGCCCAUGCAGACUCGUCCAUCGCAGGCUACGCCUACUUCUCAAAAUUCGCAUCAAAAAGUAUCUUCUGCUGGACGUCCACAAAGCGGGCGUGCCCCUUCAUCAGGACAGCGAGUAUCCUCCGCUUCACGGCCACAGUUGCGGCCCUCACAGGCCAACCCGAGGAAAUCCUCCUCUGCAUCGCAAACCCAGUCUCUAUUGUCAUGGAUUCCCACGACACUUUCUCCACAGACAACUUCUUCAGUCCUCACGGAGCUAGCCAAGCCAAUCUCCAGUGCUGAUGAAGAGGGCUAUAUCUAUAUGUUCUGGGUAACGCCCCCAAGUACAACGACGCGCAGCGAUACAGGAGCGUCAGUACCAAGAGAAAUCGCCUCAUCACUGCUCCCAGGACCAUCAGGAAGCAACAAUCUCCGUCCACCAACCCAGCCUCGCAGUGUAAGCGAUGCCAUCAAUGCCGCGCGAGACAUCAACGCUCUUACCACAAACCCAACGUCUACCACGCCAGGCACAAUCCGUUUGAAAAUUGGACGCACAAGUAACGUGCACCGCCGGAUGAACGAAUGGACCCGCCAAUGCUCCUACGAUCUGACCUUGAUCCGAUACUAUCCUUACACGCCAUCUUCAUCUGCGUCUUCUUCCCCAGCUAGGGUGCCUGUUUCUAAGCAGGCUGGUCGCAGUAAUGGUUCAGAUACCAUUUUGAUACCGGGUAGAAAAGUCCCGCAUGUGCAUCGUGUUGAGCGCUUGAUUCAUCUCGAGUUGGCGGACAUCCGGAUGCGUGAUCUGGGUCGAUGUCCGGAGUGUGGUAAGGAGCAUCGGGAGUGGUUUGAAGUUGAAGCUGAGAAGGAGGCGUUGCGGAAGGUAGAUGAGUGCGUGCGGCGGUGGAUCUCAUGGGCUGAAUCUGUGAACUGA